GUUUCAGGGCUGUUGAUGGCUUGAUUGUGACUUGGGGAGUAGACUUCUCAUUAAAUCAUCUUCAUCUCAUCUAAUCACAAUCGGCCCUUAUCAAUAUCACAAUGCAUACGUUAUAAUAUUACUCAAUUCGUGAGUGCAUAGUUUAAGUUUCCGACCUCUGCAAUCAUGGAGCAGCAAGGCGCUGGCGAUUACAUCGAGAAGCUAAAAUUCAUGUCGCUGAAUCGCGCCCAAGCUCAAGCCGGCCCCCAAGCGCAAGUCCCCGCAGCGGGUUCGUACAGUCGGAAUUUAGAACAGGGCACAUACGAGAACGCCGAUUAUAAACUGUACGAGCGAGCCAACAUCAUCCAAAGCAGCAAAUAUGCUUCAUCUAAGUUGGAGCCAGCCAAGGUGGAGGAGAAUGAUGUCUAUGUGCAGUGUGCUAAGCCACAGGUACCAUCCAGUCCCACAAAGAGCCACAGCUCAAUUAACAGUGGAGGUAGUGGGCCAGUCUAUGAGAAUGUUGAAUAUUAUGGGCACAAUACUCACAAUAACUUUGGAGAUCAUAAAUAUUUAAACAAAGCACAACCCCAAGUGCCUAGCGGUGUAAAACAGCGUUUUGACAGCGGGCAUCACCCUCAACAUACACACAACGUCUAUGAAAAUCUAAAUGAAUAUCCAAUGGCCGCCCAAGGUCCACCGCCAUACUCAAACUCAAUCUACCAGCCGGUGCAGAGUAUGCCCGCACAAGCUAACAACAUGCCCGGCAUGCAGCCAACGUACACCCAGAUGCAACCACCGCAAAUCGCACAGCCAGUCUACUCAGUUAUGCAACCCCCACGUCCAGCUUCGCAAACUUCGGGCCUCGCCGGACCACAAUCACCCGCCGGCUACUUUCACAAUCGGAGUCCGUCCAAGAGUUCAUAUAAAUCAUCACUGGAUGAAAUCAACUCGUCUGAUUAUGUUUGCAUGACCGGGAAUAUUUCACAGACAUUGAGUACCAAUAUGCAAUUUCAAACGUCAACAGCGAAGAAUUACUAUCGCGGACCGGAUACGGGUAUUGCUGGUGCACCGACACGACCACCCAAACCUCAACCUCCUGUAGAGCCACCUCAAGCACAGGUAAAGGAACAGAAAGAGGUUAAAGUUGAGGCGAUGCCAGCACCCAAACCGCAAUUUAAGCUUAAAAUGAGCGGAAAAUCAUUACUGCCGUAUAUGGUGACACCGACUAAACCCAGGGGUCCCACUGAAGCCGAGAGGAAAAUUGAAGAGAUGACCAGGCAGAUUGAGGAGGAGAUGGAGAAGCAUGAAGAGGAGGGUGAAUAUUUUGGCAUAUGUCACACAUGCCAGGAGAAGGUAACCGGUGCUGGGCAGGCUUGUCAAGCAAUGGGAAACCUCUACCAUACAAAUUGUUUCAUCUGUUGUUCUUGUGGACGCGCCCUGCGUGGUAAAGCCUUUUACAACGUACAUGGACGUGUCUACUGCGAAGAAGACUACUUGGAAUUGUUUGAAGAAAGCAAUCCAGAAACAAGCGAAGAGCAGUACUCUGGAUUCCAGCAAACGGCUGAAAAAUGUGCAAUUUGUGGUCAUUUAAUCAUGGAAAUGAUCCUACAAGCGAUGGGAAAGUCUUAUCAUCCGGGAUGUUUCCGUUGUUGCAUCUGCAACGAAUGUCUUGAUGGUGUACCGUUCACGGUUGAUGUCGAUAAUAAAAUCUACUGUGUUAAUGAUUAUCAUCGGAUGUUCGCACCAAAGUGCGCCGCCUGUGGAAAAGGUAUCACCCCAGUGGAAGGUACAGAGGAAACCGUACGUGUUGUUUCAAUGGAUAAAGACUUCCACGUCGACUGCUACGUAUGUGAAAUGUGCGGAAUGCAACUCACGGACGAACCCGACAAGCGUUGUUAUCCGCUCGACAGUCAAUUGUUAUGCCGCGGCUGUCAUAUUACCCGACUUCAGCAUACUCCGCGACAAAUGGGACAAAUGCAACCGGUCGCAGCUAGUUAUCAGUACAGCGGCUAGAAAAUUACCUCGCUUUCGCAUCCGUAGGCAACCAGCAGUUAUAUGCUUCGAUAUUCUGUUCACACAAAAGGCAGCCAUUAUGUAUUAACGAUGUCAUUCCGUAACACUCAAAAUUGUUUUCAUCUGUGAUAUAUCCGUUAUUUUAAGUUUACUUUUGUGAGAUUAACACGUUAGAAAUUUUACGAAGAUAAAUAACUCAGCAAUCGCACAACGUGCCUGUAACAACUGCCAUCUUUGAACAAUCGAAACAACAAAAAUUGUAACAAAUUGCCAUUGAUUCAAUGUGUAGCUACGUGUAUCAGUACAUUUAGUACUUGUUUUUGUAAUUACUUCGAUUUUAAUUAGAAUUUAAGCAUAUUACAUUAUUAUAGUCGAUAUAAAAUA